AUGGCUUUCCACACUCGCUCUAACAGCUUCCCUUCAAGGCCACACCCAAUCGUUCAAGAAGUUGACAAAUGUUUGUGUAGGCUGAGGUCUUCUGAGGCCACCUCCACAUCUUCAUCAUCAAUAAGCCACAAACUAAGCGGUCUCCAAGAUUUGCAUGAUUGUGUUGACAGGUUGCUUCAGUUGCCCCUCACUCAACAAGCCUUAGCACAAGAGCAGAAUGAGAAAUGGGCUAAUGACCUAUUAGAUAGCUCUCUCAGACUCUUGGAUGUUUGCAGCAGCGCCAAGGAUGCUAUCUUGCAAACCAAGGAAUGCGUACAAGAUCUUCAAUCAAUCAUACGAAGAACACGAGGAGAUGAAUCUGCAGCACUCACCGGUGAGGUCAGGAAAUACUUAACCUCCAGGAAGACGGUGAAAAAGGCAAUCCAAAGGGCUAUGAAGAAUCUUAAGGGAUCCAAUUUCUCAUACCUCAACAAGGACAACGAGUCAAUUGCCGUUGUUAGCACAUUGAGAGAAGUUGAAGCAGUCACUCUUGCAGUGUUUGAGUCACUUCUUUCCUUCAUCUCUGGGCCAAAAUCACAGCCAAGCAGCAGGUCCUUGGUCUCCAAGAUGAUGCACUCAAAAAAAGUUGCGUGUGAAGAAGAAACAGAAGCAAAUGAAUUUACACAAGUGGAUGCUGCAUUGAACUCUCUCAUUGGACACAAGACAAGCAAAUCUCAAAACAAAAGUGUAGAUAAUGCGCAGAACCAGCUCGAGCAGCUGGAGUCAUGCGUUCAAGGCCAAGAAGAAGGAGUUGAGUGCGUAUUUAGGCAAAUUAUCAAAACAAGAGUCUCCCUCCUCAACAUCCUAAACCACUAG